UCUAUUUUACUCCUAGUUUAGCAGAUGAAGAAAAUAGGGCUUCGAUUUUAUUUGUGUUUUACCUUUAUUUUAAACCUAUUUUUAAGCAAGAUAGAACAAAGUAAGGUAUUUUAUUUCUAUUUUCUCAUAACAUCCUGAAAAAUAGCCCGCAACUUAGGCUAUUUUAAUUCUAUGUUACAUUCUUAGAUCGGUAUUUCUCUAUAAAAUAAUGAUUUUUACCUAUAUUUUCCUUUUGGGUAGCAAACUUGAUGGCCUGCUCCUUUGCAAAAUAGACAUAAAAUAGGCUAUGAAAAUCCUAUUUUAUCUGAGUCAACUUUGACUAUAUGACAAAAUAGCUUUAGAAUACACUGUUUUAUUCCUGUUUGUGGACGUUGGUUUAACCACUGUCUCUUUCAUUGCCAAAAUAUGCAAAAAUUAGUCUAUUUUAAUCCUAUUUUAUUCCAGGCACCCAAACAGUAUUUUAGGAAUGGCUAAGUACAUGUAUAUUUGUGAUAAAAUAUUAUAUUUUAUUCUGUCUCAUACGUCAAUUCAAGAUUCGCUAAAUUGUUACAUUGUAAAUUGUGGUUUUCAGGCUUCAAAAACUUCAACAAUUAAUCUACAAAUUAUUCCAUCAGUUUAAAUGUUCAAACAACAGUAGAGGCUUAAUGAUGUAAGUUUGACUUAUGGAAAUCUGGCAUGUGAGAAGCUUGAAUCAACUGUUUAUGUUGACAUUCGGUAUUCCUUUAGAAACAUACAUUACAAAACGGUUAGUUUACUUUUAGGAAUACAGAAGGUUGAAAGAGAGAGAUGACAACCGCAUGCCACGUAAAGUAAGACUUCUUUUCACGAACAGUACCAUGCAUUUCAUGCUUCUCACAAGUAGAUAGUUUUAACUCUGUGAGAGUAAAAUUACUUGGGAUAAUUGUAAUCUUCUGCAAAUGAUGUCUGAACACUUUCCAGCCUGUAUCAGGCAUCUAAAUUCAGCAAAAAGCCGAGUUAAUUUCUUCUGUGGAAUGCAUGAGCCGCCAUCUUGGAUUUGAAUGUUGAUAAGACCCUGGGAACUAGUGCUAUAACCCAUGAUGCAAUGCUUUGAGAAAGACGCGCGUUUCAACAGUCAAAGAACGAUUGAAAGUUUGAAGAUGUUUGAAAGCCACAAAAUCUGGAUCUUUUGGCUCUACAAGAAAUUGUAAGUAUAAAGAAUCACAAGGCUUCUGGAUUAAGACUAAAGAUGGUGUUUUUGAUGUCAGUACUCCACUGAUAUUUAUCACUAAACUCGAUCUUGCAGGCCACAUGCUGCAGAGUUUUGGAUCUUUGCAUGAUCAUUGUCUCUCUUGGGUCUUUCUUCCUGUCCAUUUCAGCUUUCCUGUAUUACAGUCAUUACUUAAACCAAAAACAAUUUAAAACUUGUCAUAGAGGUUGAUCUAAAAUCGUGUUUCUGUUAUGAGCAGUUGCCUUCAGAGGUCAAACAGAACACCUUAUGAUCUGAUUUUAAUCACAUGUUGUGUGCUUCUGUUCUAGUUAUUGAAGCAGAAAAGCUUGAAGUAUAGAUUCGCCAACAGAACUACAUGGUUAAAAAGCUAAGUGAAAAAAAAUUCACAAACACGAGUGAUGACACCUUCAUUAUAUAUAUUUCCACCAUAAUCUGUUGGACCUCAUAGGAAAUGCACUGCAGUCUUGACGAAAUGGACCUUUUUAAUCUGCAGGAGACUAAGGAUGAAGCCACAUUUUGCUGCAAGACGAGCAGAUUUGUGGCUAAAGUUGUAAUUUCAAGUUUUGGUGAAAAGGUCUUUGAGACCGAGUUACCAAUCAAUGUCCAAAAAUGUUCUGCGAUGAUUGGUCCGCCUCCACAUCUACCUUUCACUCUUUCCGGGUGGGCGACAAAAAACACGAAAGCCUGUUUGAUGAUAAUUGACGAAAAUAAGAAGAUCAUUUUACAAUUACCGCUUCAUUCAAAGGAUUUUCUCUUGGAGUCUACGAAGCGUCCAGAAGAAAACGGGGAGAUGGAACAGGCAGAGCAUGCAUACACCAGCGGGGAACACGAAGCACCUCAGCAAACAGAGAAAAGCCAAAGAGUAUGAUGUUAUCCUUAAAAUGUAAAUAAUAAUGUAAUAAUGUCAAGUCUGACCGAAUUGGACUCCACUCAGUCCUAUUACCAUUGCGAAUGGUACUCCCUGAAUAGUACUCGAUAAAUAAUGAAAAUGAUUUAGAAACUGCUGUCAUAGCGAAAGCAAAAAAAAAUAAAGAAAGAAAGAAAGAAAGAAAGCAAAUAAAUAACACUUGAUU